CAGACCCACCACUCCUCGACGAAGCUCCCUUAUCUCAUACAAGUAGUGGUAAUAAUGGUAAUAGUUGUAAUAGUGACAAUCAUGGGGCUGCUCUGAGCUGUGCAAAAAAAAAGGACCGACCCCUGACGUCCCAGGUACUACAUAUGUUCUAGACCGGAUCCCGAGUUCUCGAAUUGCUGUGAAAGAUCUCGUGGCUGGGCUCUCUCCAAUGUUCGUCUCUAGGGGCCGCAAAGGUUCGUUGAAACCUAUGUCAGCCCAGAAGACGUUCGAUUCUGAGGUAUUCCUGAUUUGUCAAACUCGGUAGGUAGUCAGCGCUCUAUUGAUUGGGGGUUCGUAUUACUGGUACUGAAAACCAAUAAGCUAGACAUAUUGCUAGACUCCCCGUGAUAAGAUACAUUGCCUUCGGCUAGGGAUGGACUCUAGCCGGACAGAUAGUUCAGGGUAUUAAAUAUCUCAGAAGUAUUUAAUAUCCGGCCUGGCGGGUAAGACGACCACAAAAUAUUACGAAGGGUCUCGAGUAAGGCUCUCUCGCUACCAAGAUACAGUUACUAGAAAUCAGCCACAGUAGCGUAGCGGAACUUCUUCAACUUUCUCUAUAGUCACCGCGUGCUUCCUAAUAUUUACCUAUAAUUCCUCCUCAUCAAAACGAAAAUGACGAGACAGAAGCACACACAUAGCUCGAAGAUUAGGCCAUCUUAUGAUGAUGCCGACACUGUAGACUACUACGACUCGGCCGUCGCGGCAGACUUCGCCGGCUUUGUGGAUCCCAUCUUGGACGGUUCAGCUAUCUUCGACGAGCUGUCUCAAAAAAGUAUAUACUGGAUCGACGAUACUGAUACUUCACGGAAUCGUAUCAAUGGGGACGAAACGCCAAUAACGUCGAUACAACACAUAUCGGGUAAUAUGGCAUCGGUAGACCCCUAUCCCAAUGCCCUGGACAAAUUGAGCAGCGGGAUGUCAGAUUUUCUACGCAACCCUAGCACAGACGAUCAAUCAGCAGAGAGGGGCGGAAAGCAUCGGUGCUGGGACCAUGGAUGCAACGGACGUGAGUUCUCAUCCAAGAGCAACUUCGUGAGGCACGUGAAGGAAAGGUCAGGGGCCAGCACUAAGGGUGUCUGCCCUCUAUGCGGGGCGAUUUUCACCCGUAACUCUGCCAGAGAUACACACUUGGCCAAGCAGAGCUGCAACAGGAUCCGUCGAUAUUCCAAUGGUCGACCACGCCCCAGCCGGCUUGCAGUGUUAGGCAAUCCCCGAUUAGCAGCUGCAGCGGCGGCAGCCACCCAAGAUAUUUAUUGGCAGGCAGUCGACUGGGGCUCAUGUUCCAUGGGCGACUCAAAGGCGGCCGGAUUUCCACCUCCGAAUUGAUGCCUAGGAUCUAGGACCUAGGACCUAGGCACGCAAGGCGCGUAGGGUGAGACAACUUCGAUGGUAGCAUAUGAGAAUAUGAGAACUGUUGCUAUGCAACAUGUCGGUUAUAGUAGCAAGUGCAGAUCACGAUCACAUCAAGAUAAUAAGAAUAAUUCCAUCGAUCACUGUAACCAC